GAUUAACCCACAGACUUGAAUUGGGCGUCUCGAAAGCGACGAACAUCGUGACUUUUUCCUACAUCCACGCUCAAACGCCGAGGCCAAGAUGGGUAGAGUUAUCCGCAACCAGAGAAAGGGUCGUGGAUCGAUCUUCACGGCCCACACCCGUCUCAACAAAGCCCCCGCUCAAUUCCGAACCCUCGACUAUGCCGAGCGUCACGGUUACAUCCGGGGUGUGGUGAAGGAGAUUGUUCACGACGCCGGUCGAGGAGCUCCCCUCGCCAAGGUCCAGUUCCGUGACCCCUACAAGUUCAAGACGCACACGGAGACCUUCAUCGCCAACGAGGGCUUGUACACUGGCCAGUUCAUCUACGCCGGAAAGAACGCUUCCCUGACCGUCGGCAACGUCCUCCCCCUUGCCUCCAUCCCCGAGGGUACCGUCAUCACCAACGUCGAGGAGAAGGCUGGCGACCGUGGUGCGCUCGGCCGUACCUCUGGUAACUAUGUUACCGUCAUUGGUCAGAACCCUGAGGAGGGUAUCACCCGUGUCAAGCUCCCCUCUGGCGCCAAGAAGGUCAUCAAGAGCGGUGCCCGUGGUAUGAUUGGUAUCGUCGCCGGUGGUGGCCGUACCGACAAGCCUUUGCUGAAGGCUUCUCGUGCCAUGCACAAGUUCGCUGUCAAGCGCAACUCAUGGCCCAAGACUCGUGGUGUUGCCAUGAACCCCGUGGAUCACCCUCACGGUGGUGGUAACCACCAGCAUAUUGGUAAGGCCUCGACCAUCUCCCGGUACGCCGCCCAGGGUCAAAAGGCCGGUCUUAUUGCUGCCCGGAGAACUGGUCUGCUCCGUGGUACGCAAAAGACGAAGGAGUAAAAUGGUGGUUCUUGGGUUGCGGAAUGGUU